AGCCGCUGUUUAAUUAACCAUCCGACCUCACGUUGUCGCACAGAAUAACGUGACGGCUUUGCUGAGUGACCGUAUAGACAGACGGAGACACACGGCAGAGGACACUAUGUCAAAGGAGGCGCGAGGAAGAGGAUCAGCACGAAAGCACAGCGCCACUCAUUGGUGUCUGCAGAAUAUCGCACAGGAAUCAGUUGACAGCUCCGAUGAGGAGUUCUUUGAUGCCAGAGAUGUUAUGGAGGGGAAAAGCGCCAUUCUGCUGGGCAUGAGUCAGUGGAACUCAAAUGACCUGGUCGAGCAGAUCGAAACUAUGGGACACAUGGAGGACCAGUCGCAUGAGGGUCUCUACCAGCUGGGAGGUCCUCGCUGUGCCCCUCAGAGCAGCAUUGAUGGAUUGGAGGAUAUAGAGAGAAAAUGCAAGACGCAUGUGCUGCUGCUAGUGGUGCAUGGGGGGAACAUUUUGGACACAGCAGGUGGAGACCCGAGCACAAAGUCUGGAGAUGUGGACACCCUGACCUCCGUGCUGGAGAAGGUAACACGGGCACAUUUCCAGGCUGCCGCAGAACACGUGAAGAUAAAGCUGGUGCCAUGUCCCGCUGUCUGCGCCGAGGCCUUCUCCCUGGUGUCCAAUCUGAACCCGUACAGCUAUGAUGAGAGCUGUGUGUCCAGCAGCGUGGACCACCUGCCUCUGGCUGCUCUCCCCCUCCUUGCUAUCGUCUCACCUCGCUACCAGGAUGCCGUGGCAACCGUGAUCGCCAGAGCCAACCAGGUCUACCGCAGUUUCUUGCAGUCAGAGGACGGCCAGGGAUUCACGGGUCAGGUAUGCCUAAUGGGUGACUGUGUGGGAGGUGUGCUGUGCUUCGAUGCUUUGUGCUUUAGCAACCACCAGAGACCUGGAAGCCCCAACAACAGCAGCAAGAACAACAGCACUGAGAGCCUGAAGGAUAAUUCGGGUCUACUGGGAGAGCCUAGCCUGGGUCUGAGUUCUAGCAAGAGGCUCAGUAAGAGCAACAUCGAUAUCUCCGCCCCAAACGAAGGGCACAGCCAGAGCGGGCCGCCACUCAGCCGCAAGCAGAGCGACUCGUAUGACGGAGACACCUCGUCCACUGGCCAGCACAGCUUUUUCUCCAGCCUGAUGAAGGACAGUGUGGAGGUGUGUGGUGGCAGUGGCAGCAGUCUGGUGUUGAAUCCGGGUCGAUUCGACUUUGAGGUGGCAGACUGUUUCCUGCUGGGCUGCCCUUUGGGCCUGGUGCUGGCCAUGAGACGCACCGUGCUGCCUACCGUCCAGGUGAGCCAGCUGCAUCCAGCCUGCUCUCAGAUUUUCAACCUAUUUUACCCUUCGGACCCCUCAGCCUCCAGACUGGAGCCGCUGCUGCAGCCUCUCUUCCACAAGCUGCCCCCCUUUGCUGUGCCGCGCUACCAGCGCUACCCUCUAGGAGACGGCCGCUCAAUGCUCAUAGCGGAGAGUAUCCAAAGCCAUCCAAAUGUGUUUUUGGAAGGUGAAAAAACUCCUGGAGGUCCAGCUUCACAGACGUCCUCUGAGACAAAGCCUGAAGGAGGAGUAGAAGAGGGAGGUCGUAGAGCUAGCGUGACCAGUGUGGAAAGUGCAAUGUCGAUUUGCUUCAUGGGCCAGCUGGGAAACACCAUCACUAACAUUUCCAGUAGCUGGUGGGGCUCCAAGAGACUGGAUUGUGCUCUGUACUGCCCGGAUGUGCUGACUGCCUUUCCAACGGUGGCUCUGCCUCACCUUUUUCAUGCCUCCUACUGGGAGUCCACUGACGUAGCAGCCUUUGUUCUUCGGCAGCUCAUGCGAUGUGACUCCUUGAAGACUCAGGAAGCGGACAGUUUGGGCUCCACUUCGUUCUCUCCUUCCAGCCCACGAGAAAAAUGGCUCAGAAGGAGGACACAUGUCAAACUAAGGAACGUCACUGCCAACCACAGGGUGAAUGACGUCAUUGCGACCGAGGAUGGGCCCCAAACGCUGGUUGGUCGCUUCAUGUACGGCCCCUUGGACAUGGUCACUCUGACCGGAGAAAAGGUGGACAUCCUGCUAAUGACACAACCUCAGUCUAGUCGCUGGGUGCACUUUGACACGGACGUCACCAACAGCAGCGGCAGAAUCACAUAUACCGUACCCAAGAGCAAGAAGCUGGGCCUAGGAGUGUAUCCAAUAAAAAUGGUUGUCAAGGGCGAUCAAACGAGUGCAGAGGCCUACCUGACUGUGUUGCCACGGGGCAUGGAGUGUGUGGUCUUUAGCAUCGAUGGCUCUUUUGCUGCUAGUGUGUCAAUCAUGGGCAGUGACCCCAAGGUCCGCCCCGGAGCUGUGGAUGUCGUCAGGCAUUGGCAGGACCUGGGAUAUCUGAUCAUCUACAUCACAGGCCGUCCUGAUAUGCAGAAGCAGCGUGUGGUAUCCUGGCUCUCUCAGCACAAUUUUCCCCAUGGCAUGAUCUUCUUUUCUGAAGGCCUGGUUCAUGAUCCCCUGCGGCAAAAGACCAUCUUCCUCAAGAACCUCGUACAGGAGUGUCACAUUAAGAUCAACUCUGCUUACGGCUCCAUGAAGGAUAUCACUGUUUACAACAUGCUUGGCCUCGGUCCCUCACAAAUUUAUAUUGUUGGCAGACCUUCGAAGAAGUACCAAAAUCAGUGCCAGUUCCUGAGCGAGGGCUAUGCAGCGCACCUGUCCACACUUCAGUUUGGGCACAGAGCCAGACCCAAGAAAUCCCCUUCAGUUCGAAUGGUCCUGAGGAAGGGCUCAUUUGGUCUCUCAGCGAAGCCUGACUUCCUGUGUAAACGCACCCACCUGCGCAGGACCAUGUCGGUGCAACAGCCAGACCCCCCCUGCACCCCCAACCCCAAGCCUGAGCGUGCUCAGAGCCAGCCGGAGUCAGAUAAGGACCACGGGGGAGGAGGGGGAGGUGGAGGAGGACUUGGCCCAUGGGGACGGCCCUCCAUACAUCGUGGAGACACGACUCCCUGACGUCAAAAAAGAGAUGGAAGGAUUGCAAGAGGGUACACGAGGAGGAGAGCAAAGAGGUCAUAGUGUCCUGGGCCAAGUGUCACCUCUACCUACUGUACAUGUACAUUGGAUCCUCUGCUGGCAUCGCUUGCAGCUCAGCUCACGCUUGGCCCUCUACACUCUGCCUUUUUUUGUGACCUGCUCAGUGGAUUGUCACUCAAUGUUUGUGCGUGAGCAGUUGCCAGGGGACAGCAAGGAUGUUUUGCAAAUGUCUGUGUGGAGCUCAAAAUGUGUCUCAUUGUCAAAUCAAAAAUAAUGUACCUCAUAUGCAUUCACACACACAAGCUUCAGAGGAUGAAAUCUGUGAAGACGGUGAUGACUCUGAACCUGUUGAGACUUUGCAACAGAUUAUGGGAUUGCUGUGCCAACAGGACUUCAUGAUGACUGGCUCCGGUCCUGCACUGAUGUAAAUACUCGACACAUGUUCUCCCUGUGUGGGCCUCUGGACACUGACAUUUAGGUUCAAGCUGCGCACCAGCUCUGCGAUUUGGAGCCCUAAAGAUCUGACCUCUCCCUCUAUUUCCGGCUUACUACCCCCUACCGUCCCCUUGACCAGUCUGGCAGAACAGGCAUUUCAACACCCACCUCUGAUCGGGUCUUCAGCCGCUGAGAUCACAUUUGCACUAUUGAAGUGGUUUCUCAAUUUAGCUGCGGUAAUUGUUUCAAAACAAAGAGUUGUAUUUGUAUUUGAUCGUAUUUGUUUUACCUGCAGAUUGUGCACUGUUGGUUAAUAUAACUAAUAGGACAUUUAACUCAGAUAGUUUGUAGGACAGUGUUGGUUUGACCAAAACAUGUUUACAGAUUGAUGGAUGUAAAAAGUGAUCAGAACUUGUUAAUAGCAGUGUAAUAUCAUUAUUAACAACAGUAGUUUAGCUGGUUUGUAAUUGCAAUAGCUUGUGGGACAUUGUACAAUUUGGCCCAUGCCAGUCGAAGUUCCACAAGGAUGGCUCUGCAUCCAUUUACUACAUCUGCAGUGGAACCAAUAUAUUUGUGAUGAUAUCUGAUGCUUUCUAGUGGGGGUUGAAAUGAGUCUUACUGUGGUCCUGUUAAAAACUCUGUGCAAGUCAAACAUAUUUUUCUAUGAGGAAAUAUUGUAAAUAGAAAUAUUUUCAAUGUAUGUUUUUGAACCUUUUUUUUUACUUUACUCUUGAUUUUUGCCUUAAAUUGUAUUUGAUGUUGUGUAGAGAUUUAAAAUGAUUUAAUUUCUUUGACCAAAGCAUUACGUUUCACUGUUACUUCAUGACAAAGUGCAUUACAUCGAGUUGAUUAUUUACUUCGACAUGUUUUAGACAAUGUCUAUGUGUGUGUACGAGUGUCUACAGUAGGUAAUUGUUGUAGAGUUGUAUUUACUGUGAACUUAAAGACAGCUAUGACACAUACUGUACAGUACACGUCUCUGCAGAACCAGAGGACAUAAGGAGGCCAGUGUUAACAUUCCUUUUGUGUUCUUUUCAGGGCUGAGCGGGUUUUAUAGAUUUGGAUUGAAGCAGUGUGUGAAAGGAUUACUUAGUCAAGGUUGUUAUACCUGCUAUGAAAGGGGAAAAGGAUGAUGAGUUUUCCGGGUGUACUGCAAACCUGCACAGCGAAGUGGAACGUGCCAGCCAGCAGAGAGCUGUCUUGCCUUUUUAUUUCACCGCCUGUACACUAUAGGUGGUCCGGUAAUUAGCUGUUUGAUUACUAAUAGGUAUGUCUAUCUUCCCUUAGUGCCACCCCUGUAAUUUCAGUGCAUUACUUGGUAAUUAUAUAAUAUUAUAGAAACAAUACUGAAAUACUUUCUCUUGUUUGGGAAUAAGAUUGUUAAUAAUGAAACAUUGUUAUAAAAGCAUCAAUAUGAUCAUUUCCCCUAAUGUAUACACAAUUGUUAUAGCAACUUCAAAGUCGUUAUAACACAUAUUGAUAUUUUACUGCCAUGACGAUACCAUUGAGGAGUGGGCUGCAUUUUAGUACAACAAUCUUAGCAAAUGGCAAAUGAUAAUCUAAUGGUUAAAUUGAUGAUUGUUCUCUGCAUGUUAAUUAUUGGAUAUUGUUAACUAAUGGCAAUCAAUUGUGAUCUUUGGUAUAACUGGUCUUUACCAUAAAUCCUACCACCGAAUGUUGAGUAAAUGCACAUCAGUACUUGAAUUAUUGAUAACGAGCUGAUUUUUCAAUGUUAAGAAUGCUAUAAUUGAUAUUGUUAUUUAAGAUUGUGACUUUACCUCUCACCUUUACCUUACAAAUUCACUUAUUCAGUGGGGAUUAUGGAAAUCAUAUACAUUCCAGUUUCAUCUUGACAAAUAACCCUACUAUCAAAGAAAAAAAUAAAAUAUAGUACAAGGUAAAAAAUAUUGUAUUUAUUGAGAGAUUUAACCGUCACACAAUUAUUGUCUUCAAUUAAAUAUAACAAACCUCUACUUAAGUACUGAUAGAUGUUUUCAAUUAGUAUUUACCAUUCAUGACUUAACUAUUAGGUAUUGACAUAAUUUGCCAUUUGUUAACUAUAAGUAUAACUUAUAAAGUAGUAUAAACCUUUAUUUGACUAACAUUGUGUUGCAGCCUCUUUAAAAAAAAGUGAUAUAUUUUUUUUGUGGUCUUAUGUUUAGUCUCAAUAGUAUUAGACACUGGCCUUUUGACCAAUGUGUAUUGUUUUGUACAGAUCCCCUGGUGACCAAUAUGUUAUUGUGUUUAUUGGACUAAGUCCAUCUUUAUUGCAUAAAUAAAGAUAUUUCACA